CAGUUUCUACCCAUGUGCGGUAUUUUCUUCACCAUCCAACAAGAACAAUCGCAGUCCUCUUCGUUUCUGGAGUUGUGUCAAGCCCUUGAACGCGUGAACGGAGCUCGAGGGCCGGACGCACAAAGAACUAGACGCAUUUCAUUAUCUGACGACCUGAUCUUGAACUUUUUUGGGUCUGAACUGCUCUUGCGUGGCACUACGGAUGUCGUCCAGCCACACGAAGCCAAUGGCAAUAUAUUCUGUUGGAACGGCGAAGUUUUUGAAGGAGUUUUAGACAUCGGACAAGACGAAAACGACGGUGUCAAGCUCUUCGAAAAGUUGUCUUCUCUUGAUUCUGGUCGGGAACUGUGCGAUUUGUUUGGGAAUAUCGAAGGACCCUAUGCAUUUGUCUACUACAGUGCAAAAACGCGACGCCUAUUCUUUGGCAGAGAUCCUCUGGGCCGCCGUUCGCUGCUCAUACACAAGCCCACACCUGAGAAUCCCUACCUCUUACUAGCAUCCACUUCGAUUGGCAGGGACACUCGUUAUGAUUUCCAGGAACUCCCUACAGAGCACAUCUGUUGUCUCGAAUUAGGGCUGCUAGGGGACCGCGACCUCGUCAAUGGACUUGAAUCGUACUGGACAAUAUUCAAUCGUGCUUCGACGAACGCCCCUUAUACCCAACCACCUCGGAUUUGCGAGGAUGUGCCCUCAGACGAUUUGCCUCUCUUAACCUCUCUGGAGACCCCCAAUCGUUUUGAAGAAGCUCUGCAACAGUUCUUGGAUGUACUCGACACCAGCGUAGCAUUGAGAGUCCGAAACAUCCCCAAACUUCCGGAGGCUGGAGCUGCACGUUUGGCAGUUCUCUUCAGUGGAGGUGUCGACUCCACCGUCAUUGCGUUCCUUGCUGACAAAUACAUACCGGUUGACGAGCCUAUCGACCUGUUGAAUGUUGCGUUCGAGAACCCGCGGAAAAUUAGGCUUCAGAAAGAAGAGAGAAACAAAGGCAUAGGUGGACAAGAACCCCCUCCAUAUAUGGUUCCGGAUCGAGAAACUGGCCUGCAAGAGUUGGAAGAACUUCGGAAAUUGCGUCCCCAUCGUCGUUGGAAUUUUGUAGAGAUUAAUGUACCAUACGAGGAGUCCCGAGCAGCACAGACCGAAAUCGAGGCGGUCAUGUUUCCAGCACGGACAGUUAUGGAUUUGAGCUUAGCGAUGGCGCUAUUUUUUGCAUCAAGAGGUCGCGGAGUUCUAGGUGAUGAAGUAACCCCAUAUCAAAGCCGAGCUCGGGUUUUGUUGAAUGGGCUGGGAGCCGACGAGCUUUUGGGCGGUUAUAGCAGACACAAAUCAAUCUACAAGGUCAAAGGGUGGAAAGCGCUUAUAGAAGAGCUUCAAUUAGACAUUGAUCGAAUCCCAACACGCAAUUUAGGACGCGACGACCGUGUAAUAUCUGGAUUCGGCAAAGAAAUGAGACAUCCAUUUUUGUCACUUUCCUUGGUAGAUUUCGUUGCCAGGCUGCCAGUUCACUUGAAGAUGGACCCUCGCGGCGCAGCUACAGAGGGAGACAAGGCACUUUUGCGGCUGGCAGCAAGACGGUUGGGUCUGGUUGAAGCAAGUCAACGGAAGAAGCGUGCUAUGCAGUUCGGAUCGCGUUCAGCGAGGAUGGAGGGUGAAAAGCACGGUGAUACUUUGUUGGAAGGAUAG